AUGGGUGGUUCUAAUAAACUAUCUAGUGCAGAUUUACUCUCCCACUGCAUCGAGAAACGACUGCGAGUUUCUUCCAAAACCUCAGAGAGACACACAUUCGACCUCUUCACACUAUCCCCAAAUGACUCUUUUCCCUUGAGCUACCAAGCCGAACAGCUUAGAAUUUCUCUAAUAUCAAUACUAAAAGCACACAGCAGCGAGGACAUCUCCAGUCGCAUCAUUCUCGUCUCGGGAAACCUUGACAGCCCCCCGGUGCUCUCACCGCUGACCGCCGCCAUCCAACAACUAAUCCUUCGCAAACCGCCGCCCGACCAAAACACCGAAAAGCAGCCUAUGAUAUGGGCGUUGUGUUCACGGUACUUUCGAAACUCGAUUCAUGAGGGCCCGGACGCGGUGGUCAAGGGUCUGGUUAUUCAGCUACACCGCCGCGGGUUUUUCCCGGUAAAGGGGUUUGAUUAUAAGAUGGACUGUGGCGAGUUUGAGUUUGGCCUGGCAUUGUUGAAAAGUAUUCUGUCGCCCGAGCAGGAGAAGUUGAGUACUUAUGAGUUGUGGAUUAUGCUUGAUCAUCCAUCUUUCUUCUUCGAGGCGGAAGGGCAGCAAUCUGCUGAAUGGACGGGGAAGAUGGAGAGUCUCAUCAGGUUGUUGGCGAAAGCAGUGAAAGAAAAUCUGGCGAUCAGGUUGGUUGUGACAGAUCCUGGUAAGAUGGACGAAGUUGUUCACGGGGCCUUGAGUCCAUGUACGAGACUGAGUUGGGAGACUGGGAGGGGCAAGGGGAACGGGUGGUUUGAUAUUGAAGAGCCCUAA